AUGAAGCGUUGUAGCAGUGUAUCGGCUGCCAUGGCCACUCCCUUUACCCUCUGCCGUCGUACAUUUUCCAUGGGCUCGAGGUUGCGGCAGAUUGAAGAUAUCAGCACGCUGCCUGGAAGGAUAUUUCCGAGAUAUGAAGGUGUGCAAUCAGGAGGAAGUGAUCUACUUGCCCUGCAAUGGCCCGUCCCGCCAAAGAACAUUCUCCUGAUGAAGAAGAAAGGCGCCCCCGAAGUGACGCAGUCUGUCAUCGAAUUCGCAAAUCAUAUCAAAUCGAACUACUCGCCGUUAUCUGUGAUUCUCGAACGGGAUACGGCCACCGAGAUACAUGAGUCCCUCCCGUUCCCCGUAUACACUAACACGUCUGACUCGCCCAUACCCCCGGAAAAGGUAGACCUGAUAGUUACGUUGGGCGGAGACGGAACCAUCCUACGUGCAUCUUCGCUCUUUGCAACAUCCAAGACCGUUCCCCCGAUACUGUCGUUCAGCAUGGGCACACUGGGGUUUCUAGGAGAAUGGAAAUUCUCUGAGUACAAAGGAGCGUUUCGAGAGGUCUACAUGUCCGGUGCUGGACUUGGCGAGCGAGCUCUUGCGCUCGAGGACGGUUCGCCUCUCGCUGUUGACGGUGAACAGGCUGCGGGAGGCUGGUCGUCUCUGCGGGGAAAGUCCAUGGGUAUGUCAAGGAGUGCACGUAUCCUGGUCCGCAGCAGAUUACGGGUAGGCGUGUUUGCACCAGACGGAGAGCCGGUACACAGCAACGGGGUCACCCUCUCCUCGCCCAACGAUGCCGACACAGGUGUCUAUGCGAUGAACGAGGUGGUGAUCCACCGCGGUAGACAGCCGCAUCUCGCCAUCGUCGAGGUCUUCGUUGGCGGCCGCUUCCUGACCGAGGCCGUUGCAGACGGCAUGAUCGUCGCCACGCCAACAGGGAGCACGGCAUACAGCCUCUCAUGCGGAGGCAGCAUCAUACACCCGCUCGUCUCCUCUCUCCUGCUCACGCCCAUCUGUGCACGAAGCCUAAGUUUCCGAUCCCUGGUCGUGCCGUCCAGAACGCCGGUGACGCUUCGGUUGAGUGAGAAGAACCGCGGACGGGAAGUAGAAGUCAGCAUCGACGGGGUCGCCAUGACCCAGGGCCUGCGGGUCGGCAUGGAAGUGCGUGUCUGGGGCGAGGAGAUCAAAGUCAUGGACGGAGCGUGGCACGGUGGCGUACCGUGUGUGAUGCGCAAGACCGUUGGUGAAGGCGAUGCUGCCGACGGCUGGUAUCCAGAGGAAUCCUUACAUCGUAGCAUCGGCCAAAGGAUCUCCCUUGGACAGCUUCACAGCAUACACACAUAUAAUCCUUAUCUACCGACCUGA